AUGCGGAUACGUAUAGGCAAACUCGACGUUUUCAUCGUCGUCGUCGGCCUCAUCUGCAUCGUCUUCGGAGUGGUCACGUGGUCGGCGUUCUCGUCGAUUUACAGUAGUUUAGUGAAAUCGGUGAGUGGGGAACAAAGAGGAGAAAGUGAAGGGGGAGAGGAAGUUUCAGAAUUUGAAGUUCUCGCUGAACAAGGACACGAGUGUCGGCUACUCGGCAUUCCAGUACACAAAUCCACAGAUGCUUAAUAUUAUGAAGUUUUACUUCUUCAAUUUGACCAAUCCAGAUGAAGUAAAGUAUUAUUCAGCUGCUCCGAACUUGGUGGAAAUCGGACCAUUCGCAGUCAUGUAAGUAAGCUUGAAUAAGGAUUACUGUAGUGUGCAAAAUCAUUGCAGAGAGAGUGAACAGAAGAAAUACAUAGACUUCAACGAGGACAAGUCACAAAUGUUUUAUCAGAAUUACAAGAAGUACAUUUUGUCGGAGGAGUAUUCCUGUGAGGAUUGCGAUUGGAAUCGGAACAUUCUUUUCCCGAAUCCGCCCGGUUUGGGAGCAGUCGGAAGUAUGAUUGAUCCUCAGUUCGGAAUCUCACGGACUGGGAGAGCGAUCAUCGCGAUCGCACUGACACUUAUGGGCGAGUAUCCUUUUGUGUAAGAGUUCGGAGCACUAAUGAGAGUCCUUACUCAUCUUUUUCAGUUCUCACAAAGUACGGGAAGUCCUGUUUGAUGGAUACGAAGACGCUCUUCUUUCUGCUGCUCAUUCCGGAAUAGUCACUCUUCUUUCUGGAAUUUACAAAGGCGAAGGACAAAGUAUCGUCCCGAUUCCGAUACCCGAUAUGCCAAGAUUUGGAUAUUUCCAAGGAGUAAGCUCUGCAAUAGUGUAGUCCGACAUGAAGUACUUUCAGUACAACAACUCUCGAGACGAAGAAUACUGGGUGCAGACUGGAACAAAAGACAUUAACGAACUGGGACAAGUGAAGAAGUGGGCGGGGAUCACAGAGUUGCCGGGAGAGUGGUGGAGCACCUCGUACGCCCGCAGCAUCCGGGGAAGUGGUCAGUUUUGUAUUCCAGACCUUCCCUCCGUAUCGCUCACUUUCACAGACUCUGGAAGUUUCACCCAAAUGCAUUUGGACGAGUCUUCGAGUGCUGACUUCUUCUUCUCAUUCAUGUGCCGAUCAUUCACAAAGACGUUCUACCAGAAGAAGACGAUCGAAUCCAUUCCCACAUUGGGGCAAGUGACCACUCCCUCUUCCUCUUCCUCUCUUCCUAUAAUCUCCUUUUCAGUUAUCAUGUAGGCUACGACGAGUGGGACACAACUUCCGAUAAAAACGUCGGUUUCCGCUAUCGGAAUGUCGAACAGAGAAACUAUUUUCCCGAUUGGCCAAAAUGCCCUCCGUGAGUCAUUUUUAAGAAAAUAUCGUGACAUGGAAAACAUUUCAGAAAAGGACAAUGUCAUCAAUCGGGUUCCAUCGAUUGUUCCAAGUCGGUCAACUUCUGUCAUGCGUGUUGCGACGGUUCGCAUUUCAACGGAACGUACCUUCUUCCUCCCGGAAUGUUCCCUCUCGUCUGCUAUCCGGGACGUCUUCAACCGACUCCAUUCGCCGUCGUCUACUCGCCACCUCAUUACCUUUACUCUCCGGACGAAGUGAGGACUACUGUAGUGGGUAUGGCGCCAGAUGAAAGCAAGCACGAACCAAUGAUCUACUACCAUGAACCGGUUCGUUGUUUCUUCUCCCCUUUUUAUCUGAAUUGUUAUUGUUUCAGUACAGUGGAACAACGCUGAAAGUGGUGAAUAGACUGCAAGUGAACAUGCCGGUCAUCCGAUCCCAUGAUGUUCCGUAAGUGUGCCUCCUCCUCGAACUUCUUGAUGAUUCUGCUCUUCAGAACGAGCCAGAACAUGCCGAACGUGAUGAUCCCCCUGUUCUGGCAAGAAUCUUCGCCCGAUCUCGCCCAGUUCAUCUACAAUGAAGCGUGGCUAGGAUUCGUGCUGGUGCCCCGGCUCAUGACGGUUUUGCAGUUCGUCGCCCUCGGUUUCGGCCUCUUGCUCAUUGUCAUUUUCUUAUUCAUCCAGUUCCGGAAAGGCCAGAAGUCCUCUGCCGUCCGACCGUUCCGACUGAGUCUGAUCGACGCGACGAGCAAUUGGCUCUCUUCGACAUCCUCAUCAGGAGCAUCCAAUGUAACGAGGGGAUUGAGGAGAUUGUGAAUGGAAUCAAAUGCGUGUAG